CUCAAACUCUCAUUUGAGUUCAGAGAAACCUACAAACCAGUAACAUGGAAAUGCUCUUUCUCAUCUUAUUAACACUGCAUCGUUUUUACGUAUUAAGUGGCUUUCUGAUCGCACACACUAAUAAAGGGUUAUGUCUGAGUACACAAAAUAGUGUGGUGGUCCUGAGGAAGUGUGAUGAGAGCAACCCAUAUCAGCAAUGGAUCUGGACCAGCACCAUGAGACUCCAUCACACACUUGUGUCCAGAUGUCUGUGGGUCAGUCAGAGCACCACUAUCCCGCACCACACUCGCUUGGUCAAACUCAGGGACUGCGAUACUGCACCGGCAUGGAAAUGCUACAACCAACGAGGAACCUUUGGUUUGGCAGAGAUGCCGAUGUUCCUGAAAAAACAGGGUGAACGGGCUGUUGUCUGCUCUGAGCAAAGGUAUUCAAACUGGUCCAUGAUCACGAUGGACUCUGAGGGGAAACGGGUGUCCAAGUCACUCUGCCCUGCCACAGGCCCGUCCACAGUUUCAACAAUGACACAGUUUCCAAUGAAACAGGUUUCAGUCAUGUCCACAGGAGAAAUGACCACUCUAACAGUCCCUGACAUUACUCAAAGCAGAGCAGUGACCCACCUCAGUAACACAGCCAGAAGCAGAACUAAACGGACUGCUACCACUGGUCUUGGUGAUCUGACAACGUUUACUGCCGAAACAAACUUUAAUGAGAACUACACUCAAACGCUUGAAACCGAAUCACCCUACGAGAUGAGUGAUGUUACAGAUGUGUCCCCGACUCUGAUGGUAAAGAGAACUCCUCAUGUACCUCAGAAUUUCACCCAGAACAGAGUUGAGAUGACAGAGAUGACCUCAGAUGGUAUGGAGCAGACCCAUAACCCUCUGACUUCUCAAACAGAGUUAACUAUUUCCACAACAGAUGCUGAGUCUCCAGUUUCUUUGAAUGUGAGCACUGAAACUCAGACCACUUUAGUCUUUCAUACAGGACCGUCUGAAGCUAACAGCAGUGACAUAGAUCCUAUACUGACUGAGAGUUCAACCAGAAGUUUCCCAGUGUCAAACACAGAUGGGGCAUGGACAAAUGCCAAAACCAAAAGCUCAACCACGACAAAGAUCAUCAAAGAUGUUCAGACUAUGUUGCCAUUUGAAACCAGAACGACUCGAGCAAUUACUAAAGUUCUUCCUAAUACAGAUACUAGAGCUGUACAGAAUACAGCAACCAGUUCAGCUAAAGCUAGAGCGAGUGCAACAGCUACCCUUACAGCCCUGUACACAUCUACAGCUGCCCCGCAUACAGAUGUGUUCACAUCAACUACUGUGGCUCCAGAUACAACUGUAGAAACAACCACAACCACCAUCACCACCACUGCUGCUCUGAGCACAAGAAGCACACCUCCACCAUCUACCAUCACUCCUACCAUGGCUUCCACAGCAAAGUUUAUAACGACGGAGGCUGCCACGUGUCUGGUGAAUGUGACUGCAGAGAGUAUUAAUAUGGAUCAUUGUGUGUUUAAUUUCACAACACCUGGAAAAUCCUGUAACUUCAUUAUGACUGAUGAUUCUCACUUCACAAGAUGUUCUGAAGAUAUCAAGAGGCCCAACCAUUAUACAUGCCUAAUGACGGGUUUGACUCCGGGUGCUACCUAUUUGUUUGGAAUAAUGUCUCAGAAAAAUGGCAUACGCUUAAACAUUACAGUUCAAACUGCCCCUGCUCCCGUCACAUCACUGACUCUCCAGAGCAAUGGCAGUCAGGACUCUCUUAAAGCCACCUGGAUUCCUGCUGUUGGAUACAUGGAUUUCUACGAGCUCUCUCUGUCACCCUCCAUCUCUUCAGAACGUGACCUUAGCCUACCUCCAAAUACAACUCAUUGGGAUUUUAGCGGCUUGAGACCUGGAAAAGCUUAUCAAGUUUUAGUGAAGACGAAGAGAGGAGAACUAACAGCUGAGACCAGGACAAUAGGGAGAACAGCACCAGGAUCGGCGGAUCAUCUCAAGCUGGAAGCCCUUAAUGAGAAGACCCUGCGGUUGUCCUGGUCUCCUCCUGAUGGAGACUGGGAUUUCUACCGUAUCCUGCUGUUCAAUGGCUCUUCUGUGCUGAUGAACCAGACGAUUGAAAGUAAUCUUGUGGAGUUCAGCUUCACUAACUGGACUCUGAUUCCAGGCCGUCUGUACAGAGCUGCUGUGAGUGUGGAGAGCGGAUAUCUGAGCUCAACCGCAGGCUGCCAUGGGAGACUAGCUCCCCGGUCUGUUCAGAGGCUGAAUGUCCGUCACAGUACAGAGACCUCUCUGAGCGCUGUGUGGAACCAUCCUGUCGGUGAGUGGGACAACUACACCGUCCUGCUGAAGGAUGAAGACAUGACUGUGGACACACAGACAUUAGCCCAUGAUUCACAGGAAUGCAACUUUAAUAACCUGAUGUCUGGACAUACCUAUACGAUCACUGUGAUGACCAAUAGUGGAGAUCUGAGUAGUUCGGCCCACAUCACAGGAAGAACCAUCCCUGCACAGGUCACAAAGCUGCGGGUCAGCAAUCAGGGCAGCACAGAUGCUCUGCAGGUAUGCUGGGACGGGUCAGCCGGUGAGGUGGAUCUGUACCGAGUGCUCCUCAUCUACGACAGCGUGGUCAUGAAGAAUGAAAGUGUACCACCCAAUGUCACCUCCUACCACUUCCAGGGCUUGAGAUCCGGUGCUUUGUACAGGACAGUGGUGACCACACUGCACAGGGGUGACCUCUCACGCCAGACGGUGGCUGAUGGACGCACAGGUAAUAGACCAAAAACAGAACAUGAGGUGAAUGUUAUGAUACAUACAAGGUAUUUAUUAAAUAAAAGUAACAGAUGUAAGUGAAGCUGGCAUGCAAGAAAAUGUCCACAUCCUCGGGCCA